AGCACAACGGAAGUCAAGAUUAAAAGACAUCGAUAAUGCAUCGACUCGUAAUAGGUCAUGCACAUCUAUUGACAGUAAUUUUCAUUCAAAAUUCACCCUGACUUUGUCGGUAGAUAAAAAGGAGAGCAAGAAAAUCCGAAGGACUUCGUGAGAGUAGAAGCUCUCAAUAUCCACGCGUUCCCUUUUCAAAUAUGGCGACCUCCAGUAAAGAGGUGAAGGAAUGUAUAGAGAGUCUCCGCGAGAGUUUAAAAUCGUACGGGUUUGAAAUCUAUCCUUUCAAGGUUGGAUGGUAUAAUGCAGUGACAUCUCAGGCUCAUCACCUCUCAUAUCCAGCAGACACUCUGGCAGUAGUGGUCCUGAGCACACCUUCAAUGUUUGAGAGGGCAUUCCUGCCUUUCUUAAAGAGCCAAAGCUGUGAGAAUGUCAGAGACCCUGUGGAUCAGUGUGUCAGUCACACAGUCUCAUCUUGUGUCUCUCAGUGUUUUCCCAAUCAAUCUGUGGAUGUCAGUUAUGAUUAUGAGAUGCUUCCCAGUAGAAGACCCAAGUUUCUUGCCCAGACAGCAGCCCACGUAUCAGGAGCAGCAUACUACUACCAGAUGUCAGAUAUUCACAAUCCACCAUGGGGAGACAAGAAGAUGUUUGGAGUGUGUAUACACCACAAACUGGGUGGCUGGUUUGCUAUACGAGCCCUGCUGGUAGUUAAGGAUGUGCAAGUGGGAGCAGAACUUCAGCAAAAAGAUCCCCCAGACUGUGUGAGCGCACAGGAGGAUAGGAUAGAGCUGCUGGAGAAAUUUAACUUCUGCUGGCAGGAUUGGACCUACAGAGACAUUGUACCCACAGAGGAGAGUUACUCUCCUCAGCAAAGAGAGUAUUUCUUCACUCCUCCAGCACAGCGGGUGGCGCUGCUCAGACGUUGGGGCUUUAUGACAGAGACUGACACUGAAAAACAGUGUUCCAUGAACAAACAGGGGUGAUUAAAGGAAUGUUCUAGGUUCAAUCAAAUUUAAGUUCUAUCGAAAGCAUUUGUGGCUUAAUGUUUAUUACAACAACAAAAUAGUUUAAACUCAUCCUUUUUUUAAUUUUUUUAUUUAAAUGUGUGUUCAUUAAAGGCACUUACAAUGGAAGUGAUCAGGACUAUUUCACAAAAUAAAUAGUUCAACUAAAAAACAUAAUUUUCUCAUCCUUUACUCACCCUUAUGCUGUCUCAAACAAUGGGGUCCAACACUUUCAAACUCCAAAAGGCACAUAGCGAAAGCAUAAAAGAUUUAAGAGCUUAAAAUCAUUUGAUUUCAUUCUGAUAAAUCUUGACAUUAGCAGUCUCCUUGGUGCGUUCAUGGGAGAAAUCGAUUACACUUGGGUUUGAGUGCUUGACAUGAUGAGGGAAUUAACAUUUGCUUUAAAAUACACAUUGUUUUUAAAAGUAUAACCAGACGACUUAAACAUAAUACAUGUUAACCUGACUCUAGUGUGAUAAAAUCGCUUACUAACCUUGUAGUAGCCAAUAAUUUAAUAACUACCGUUAAUGUAAUAACUGCCAAUAAUGUAAUACUUUUUUUAUUAACCCAGCCAAUAAUGUAAGAACUUAUUACAUUAUGAGCAAAAAGUUAUUACGUUAUUGGUUCAGAAAUGUUAUUACAUUAUUGGUAAGUUAUUACAUUAUUGACUUUUAUUACAUUAAGAAUGGAAAAUGUAUUACAUUAUUGGCAGUUAUUACAUUAUUGGCUGCUACAAACCUUGACCGUGUUAUAUCCAAUAUUUAUUUAUAUUUUUUGUAAUGAUGAUAUAACGGCAGUAAUCCCAGUAGCAUGAUGUCCGCACAGUGAUACCAAAUAGGGAGGUAAUGUACCUUCUUUAAGUGCUUUCACGAAAAUAUGAGCAAAAUAUUUCAGCCUUUAAAACCCUCCAAAAACUGGUUUUACUUCCAUUGUAAGUGCCUUACUCUAAUCCUGUUUUUGCUUCUUUUUUUAUUUAAGAAAAUGGGGGAUGAGUAGAAAUGAUUUUUUGUGAAAAUCAACACUAUGCAACAAAUGUUGUCGAUUGAGCCUAACUUGUAUUGAGCAUGGAACCUUCCUUUAAGCAGGCUUUUACGUUUUCCCAUUAAAACGUAAUUAUUUUCCCUCAGCUGAAUAAUUUUGAAUGAAUGUAUUUAAUCUUGCCAUCGCUUAGAUAUUGUGAACAUGAAUGCAAUUCUUACUUCUCACCAGUUCUCUGGUUUGUACUACAGAAAAAAAUUAUGAAAUGCUCUUUCAACCUUUUUAAUGUAAUAAAAUUAGGAAACUUUUUUUUUCUGCUCAUUUUAGAUAACCUUUUUAUUUAACUUUAUUGACAUUCCCACAUACCUAAAAUAUCACUAUGAAGGUGCAGAGGGAGGCAUUUCUUUAUAUCUUUAUAUAGAAGAGUGAAAGCUGUUGUACCAGAAAAAGGAGGGAUUAAUGCCCUUGCUUUUUACAUUAAAUGUUGAGUAAGACACAAGGGCAUUGAGAGGUGUUCUGAGUGGCUAAGCCUUGAGCAGGCCAGGUCAAGUUGUUCCACACCAGACUUGGUAAACCAUUUUUAUAUGGACUUAGCUUUGUGCACAGGGACAUUGUCAAAAGAGCCCACCCCAGACUGCUACCACAAAGUUGAAAGCACAUGAUUCUCUAGACUGUCAUUUUAUAACAGUAAGGUUUAUUUUCCAUGGAAUUGUAAAACCUGUUAAUGAAUAUUGUUAUAAAGAAUAUUGCUGAGUUGA